AUGGCAGAAUUCGAAGAAGUUUUGAAGGGCUUCAAUGGCAUUCUCGACUUGAGACAGGCCUAUGCCUGGAAUGCGGAUUCCAUAAUGAAGUUUCUCCGCCACGUCGUCACGUAUGGAUAUCUGUAUGAUAUCCAAGACCACCAAAUUCCAGCUCUUAGAGCCAUGGUGGCUCGAAUUGAAAUGCUGCGCCCUCCGCAAGGUAGCAUGUUUGCCUCGCCCGGCCUAGAGCCAGAUCUCUCAAUGGGAAAUGUGUUCAACCCCGGCUGGGACCCAACGAUCCCGAAAAGGAUAAAAGUUGCCUCAAGAUGA